CACUUCCUGGCGUCCGCUCCGAAGGCGGAAAAGCGAGCCUCAAAGGGCCGCGCAUAGCUGUUGCGCUGGCCGACGGUCGGCUGCAGGCCUCCCGGCCCGGCAUUCUCCGAGCUGUCCACCAUGGCGUCAGAGGGGCCGCGGGAGUCCCCGGGCGAGGGCAUCAAGUUGUCAGCAGAUGUCAAACCGUUUGUCCCCAAAUUUGCUGGGCUCAGUGUGGCAUGGUCAGAGUCUUCAGAAGCACGCGUGUUGCCUAGCUGUGCAGGCCGGUACUAUCCGUGUGUUCAGGAACUACCAGUGGCUGAGCAGAGCCUUUAUACUGAAGACACAGCUUUUGGAGUAUCACCUUUUCCACCUCAGUAUUUAUCUUCUGAGACUGCACUUCAUCCAUAUAUCUACUCUCCUUACACACUGGACUCUACACAGAACGUGUGCCCAGUACGUGGCUCCCAGUGUGAUUACAGCCAACCCGCUUGUUACCGAGGUUUUCCAACAGUGAAGAAAGGCUUCCAAAAUGAGCACACGUGCCCUCUCCCGCAAGACACACGGGCUCUGCUUAAGAAGAAAACAUAUGAUGAGCAAAAGUUUGACAGUAAGAAGGUUCAUGGGCCUGUGUCGUCUGAUACAAAAGCAGCUAUAAGUUCACGUCAUGUGUCUAUUCAUGCUGAUGCUAGUUUGAAAUCAGAUGGUUAUCAUAAACGAACAGACAGGAAAUCCAGAAUCACUGAAAAAAGUGGAUCUUCCUCCAAACCCGAGUAUGAAUUUGCCAGAUUGGAUUUUCCUGAACUGCAGGGUCCAGAAAGCAAUGAGCUAUCAGAGACCCAAAAGCAGCCCCAGUGGGGGCCUUUGCAUUCCGCCUCUGACAUUUCUCUUCUAAGAGAAUCUGCGAAACCCACUGUGUUGUUACCAGAGGGUGAAAUAGUGAAGAGAAAUAAUCUGACCCAAUCUGUAACUGGUACUGCUGCUAGUGGGCCCUCUUCAUGCACAAGAGAGUUAUCUUGGACACCAAUGGGUUAUGUUGUUCGGCAGACAUUAUCUACAGAACUGUCACCUAUCCCUAAAAAUGUGAGUAUAUCAUCUUCUGAAGUUCUGUCUCCUGAUCCUUCCUGCAGAGAGAAACCCAUCCAUUCUACUACACAGUCCAGAGUAUCACAAGGUGGAGACCCUGAGCAAAAUGAAGCCUCAAGAAAGAAUAAGAAAAAGAAAGAAAAGUCUAAGUUGAAAUAUGAAGGAGUCCUGACAGUUCAGGAGCCUCCAAGGAUUGAAGAUGCCGAGGAGUUUCCCAAUCUGGCAGUUGCAUCUGAAAGAAGAGACAGAGUAGAGUCUCCGAAAUUUCAGUCUAAACAGCAGCCGCAGAAUAAUUUUAAGAGUAGUGGAAAGAAGAGUCGAGUUCCAGUGCAGUUGGAUUUGGGGGGCAUGCUGACAGCACUGGAAAAGAAGCAGCACUCCCAGAAUGCAAAGCAGUCCUCCAGACCAGUGGUGUUCUCAGUGGGCGCGGUGCCGUUCCUCUCCAAAGACGGUGUGGCGGGGAGGAAGGGCCACCGCAUCAGCCAGGUGAAGACUCCACACAACCCCUUGGACUCCAGCGCCCCCCUGGUGAAGAAGGGGAAGCAGCGGGAGGUUCCCAAGACCAAGAAGCCGACCUCGCUGAAGAAGAUUAUUUUGAAAGAACGGCAGGAGAGAAAGCAGCGGCGUCUCCAGGAAAACGCUGUGAGCCCAGCUUUUGCCAGUGACGAUGCUCAAGAUGUAGAGAGCGGUGGUGAUGACAAGGCCCUCGAGCAGGCUGACCCCUCAGGGGCGAUGGAAGAGCGGGUGUCCCCCACUCUGGUGGUGGAGAGCAAGUCUGAAGAGCCACUGGGAGCUGAGCCCCAGAAGGUGGUAGAGGCCUGCCACGAGGUCCCUGAUGGUGCCAGCUGCCCCAAGAUCCACAGCCGGAGGUUCAGGGAUUACUGCAGCCAAAUGCUCAGCAAGGAAGUGGACGCCUGUGUUACUGAUCUGCUGAAGGAGCUGGUGCGUUUCCAGGACCGAAUGUACCAGAAGGAUCCGGUCAAGGCCAAGACCAAGCGCCGGCUAGUUCUGGGGCUGCGGGAAGUCCUCAAACAUCUGAAGCUCCGGAGGCUGAAGUGCGUCAUCAUCUCUCCCAACUGUGAGAAGAUCCAGUCCAAAGGUGGCCUGGAUGACACCUUGCACACCAUCAUCGAUCACGCCUGUGAGCAGAACAUUCCCUUUGUAUUUGCUCUCAACCGCAAAGCCCUGGGGCGCAGUUUGAACAAGGCUGUUCCUGUCAGUGUGGUGGGGAUCUUCAGUUAUGACGGGGCCCAGGACCAGUUCCACAGGAUGGUCGAGCUGACAGCCGUGGCCCGGGAGGCGUACAAGACCAUGCUGGAAAGUGUGCACCAGGAGCUGGUGGGGGAGCCUGGGCCCCUGGUACCUGCCAGCCCACUUGCACGGGGCCCUGGCUGCCCUGUGGAAGGCGGCCCCUCGGCUCCAGCUGGAGCAGAAAAGCCUCCCCACAUUGAUAUCUGGGGGAAACCUCUGGAAGCUUACAGUCAGUGUGUCCUGGAGCUGGAAGACUCGCUGGCGGCGUCAACCUCUCAGAUGAUGAACCUGAAUUUAUGAGAAGAGUGCUCUGCCUAUAUUCAUCCUUCUCACACCAUCAGUAACCAGGGUGGGUCAGCAGGUGAGGGACACGUGUCCUGACUGCUGGCACUGGCCUGACCCUGCCUUUACUGUCCACUUUCUGAAGAGUGUGACUUGGUGUAAAACUGCCCUUGAUCAGAGUCCAGUCCUGCUCCUUACUGGCUGGUGAGCUCCGUGACCUUGGGAAGUCCCCUGAUGGUCAUCUGUUGCCUGGGAACAGUCACAGUCCCUACCUUGUGAGGCAGAACGGUCACAGGCUUCUAACUGCCUAGUUGUUUCUCUGGUGAUUACCACUAAAAGCUACAUGCCAGCAGCACCGUUCACCUGAAUUCUGGGUGGGAUGUCAUACUUCGUAAAUCACAUUUAUAUGAUGAUUCAUUUUACCAUGGCAACAGGCAAAGCAUUUUACGGAAGUGCAGAGAAUGGAGCUUCUGGGUGGCAGUGAGUGUUUGCCAGUAUUUUCCUUUCUCCCAAAGCUCCAUUAAAAUGACAAAAGGACCUUUUGGUAUAUAUACAUAAAUACAAUGGGUAGAGAAAAGAAGAGAAGACAGCAAACACCCAGAAGUUGAAAAGCUGGGUGGAGGGGCGUGAGAUGGACUUGGCACACCCAAGAAAGCUGGAUCCUGGGCCAGCAUCGGGCAAGCUGGGCAGUGAUUUCACAGACGCCCGGCAGCUUGGGUGCUGUGAUGGCCCGGGCUCACAGCCUGCCUCUAAGGCUGCUGAGCAGAAGCUUGGCGCCCUAGGCCCUUGCCCACUCUGCCUAGCCAGGGCCCUGCCCUUCCUCUGCUGCAGAACAGACUGGUGGUCUUGGAGAGCACAGGAUGAUGUCUGUGUGCCAAAAGUGACAGGAACAGAGGACUUGAUAAGGAGGCUCAGCCUCUCACCCUACCGAGUCCCCAUGGCAGCCCCGCC